ACCGAACCCAAAGUCCCGAUUCCCCCGAGGUUCGCGUAGGGAUUCGAACCCCACUCCACCUCGUCCGCCACUCAGGCUCCGGGACUCGAAGGCAGCAGACGACAUCCUCCUCCCUCCUCGCUCAAGAUGGCUGAACCCGUACGUGUGUGUGUGACUGGCGCAGCCGGCCAGAUCGGCUACUCACUGGUCUACAUGGUGGGCUCAGGUGCUGUUUUCGGCCCCGAGACCCCAGUCAUCCUCCACCUCUUGGACAUCACCCCCAUGAUGAAUGUCCUGAAUGGAGUGUGCAUGGAAAUCAGUGACUGUGCCUUGCCCUGCGUCAGAGACGUGAUCCCCACUGAUGAUCCAGCUGUCGCUUUCAAGGACAUUGAUGCUGCUUUCUUGGUGGGUGCCAUGCCCCGCAAGGAGGGUAUGGAGCGUAAGGACCUGCUGGCUGCCAAUGUAAAGAUCUUCAAGACUCAGGUGAGACAGAUAUAUAUAUGUUGUUUCUGA